AGUUACUAAGCACGGUUCAAAUAAGGCAAACAACUUGAAAUUCUUAGUGACCUUAUCUACAUAUUUGGUUGAUAUAAUAAUAUAAAAUUAAUUGCAUAAAUAAUAUCUCACGUAUAACUUAAUAAUGCUUAAAAGUCUUCAAAAGGAAGAGGGAUUAUUUAUUAGUGAACUUUAAUAGUAUUCCAACCUAUUAAUAAAACCGAUAUCUGUGAAAAGCUCUUUGUAUAUAUAUUUUGCUAAAGUUAAAGUAUGCAGAUAAUAGAUCACCAAGAAAGUCACGAUAUCCUCGCUAAUGAUGAAACCGUUAAAGAACAUUUAAUAAACUGUAAUAACAGUCAAACGAGAUCUCUAAGUAGGAAAAGUUCUUUAAAUGUAAGUAGAAACUCUAGUAAAGAAAAUGUAGUGCAAAAACAACAUUUAGUCGCUACCGUUUUUGAACUAACUGGAAUUCAAGAAAAGGAAGGGUCCAAGGAAUUCGGAACGUUAAUACUAUUGGGCGUAAUGUUGUUACUUUUCAUAAUAAGUAUCACAGGAUUUUUUAUCAUGUGGUUUACAGAAUAUUAUAACGACACGAUGCUUUCGCAAAUAAUUUUAAAAAAUGAUUCCGAAAGCACAAGAAAUUGGAUGAAUCCAAAUCCAAAAUAUGACACUCUACUUAAAGUACACAUAUUCAACUACACAAACAUUGACAAAUAUUUCGCUGGAGUCGACGAUAAAAUUAAAGUUGAGGACAUUGGUCCACUAACAUAUAAGGAACAUACAACAAAAGUAAACGUUUCGUUUAAUAAAAAUUACACUGUAACAUUUAGGGAUCAUAGAACUUACCAGUUUCUACCCGAGAAAUCUAACUGUGAAGAACGCGAUAUAUUUGUGCUUCCUAACGUGCCCCUAAUAAGCGCUUCUACUAAAAUUGAAAAAAUUAACAUUUUCAAGAAAAUUAUGGCCAUAAAUUUAAUUAAUGCAUAUGACGAAGGUGCAUUUAAGACUCUUACGGCACAUGAAUUUUUGUGGGGAUACCGUGAUCGAAUUGUAUCACUGGAUAUUGGAACCGGGUCAACUCACUUCGGCUUAUUAAUGAAUCGAAAUGGAACUAGUGUGGACUCUCUUCAAAUAAAUACAGGCGAAGACGAUAUUCGAAAAUUUAGUAUAAUAACACAGUUCAAUGGUCAACCUCUUCUGGACUUCUGGUCAGAUCAGAAAUGCAAUCGUGUUGAUGGUUCAGAUGCAUCAAUGUUUCCGCCUCAUAUUUUAAAUACCAGAGAAGACUUGCAAGUUUUUUUGCAAGUACUUUGCAGAAAAAUUCCUCUUUCUUUUGAAAAAGAAGUUACAAUCCUUAAUAAUAUUGACGCUUUUCGUUACCGAACGCCAUUGAAUGUUUUCUCUAGCCCAGAAAAUAAUCCAGAAAAUGAAUGCUACUGUCACAAUACUCAAGUGUGCUUGCCCAGUGGAGUCAUAAAUGCCACUAAAUGCUAUAACGGAGCUCCUAUAUUUCCGUCCUUUCCACAUUUUUUCUCCGGAGAUCCAAAAAUUUACAAAGAUUUCGAUGGAAUCAAGCCUUCGAGGGAAUUACAUCAAACUUAUGCUGAUAUUCACCCAAGAUUUGCAUUUCCCAUAAGUGGUGCUUCGCGAAUACAAAUCAAUAUUGCGGUCCAUAAAGGUUCAAUUUUGAAAAAUAAAUUGGAUCGAAUUAAAGAAGGCACCAUACUACCUCUUAUAUGGAUAGAAAUAACAUCAGGGGACUUUACCGAUGAGAUAAUAGACAAUCUCUAUAUAAGCACCUUCGGGUUGAAUGCCAUCCAAUAUGCUUUGAAAUAUGGCACAUUAUUUGCUUGCAUUAUUUCGUUUGCACUUAUCGUUGGAGGAUUUUAUAAUUUAACUCAGAAACGAAGACAGCACGCUAAUCUAGCACUAAGUAAAACUUGAGUUGCUGCACCGGAAUCGUGCUCACCGUCAACCUCUUCAAGAAAAUCGCAUUUUGAGGAAAGCGCACUAACUCCGAUAUUUUUCAUUAUUUCUGAAUGGUUAAAUGUAUUUUUGCACUUCGCAAUAUGUUCUUUCGAAACGCAUAACUCAUAUUCAAUAAAAUU